GCUCUCGCUCUCUCGAUUCGAGUCCCAUUUUUCGAAUCCGUUGCGCUUCAAUCGUCCGAGCGAAGAUGCGUGAGAUCCUGCACAUCCAGGGCGGCCAGUGCGGCAACCAGAUCGGGGCCAAGUUCUGGGAGGUGGUGUGCGCGGAGCACGGCAUCGAUGCCACGGGGCGGUACCACGGCGACUCGGAGCUCCAGCUGGAGCGGGUCAACGUGUACUACAACGAGGCCAGCUGCGGCCGCUUCGUCCCCCGCGCCGUCCUCAUGGACCUCGAGCCCGGCACCAUGGACAGCGUCCGCUCCGGCCCCUACGGCCAGAUCUUCCGCCCCGACAACUUCGUCUUCGGCCAGUCCGGCGCCGGCAACAACUGGGCCAAGGGCCACUACACCGAGGGCGCCGAGCUGAUCGACUCGGUCCUCGACGUGGUCCGCAAGGAGGCCGAGAACUGCGACUGCCUCCAGGGGUUUCAGGUGUGCCAUUCGUUGGGAGGAGGUACCGGUUCGGGAAUGGGGACGCUGUUGAUCUCGAAGAUCAGGGAAGAGUAUCCCGACAGGAUGAUGCUCACUUUCUCGGUCUUCCCGUCUCCGAAGGUGUCGGAUACUGUUGUGGAGCCCUACAACGCCACUUUGUCCGUGCACCAGCUCGUCGAGAAUGCCGACGAGUGUAUGGUUCUCGAUAAUGAGGCCUUGUAUGACAUUUGCUUCCGCACGCUCAAGCUCACGACUCCUAGCUUUGGAGAUUUGAAUCACUUGAUAUCUGCAACAAUGUCUGGAGUUACCUGCUGCUUGAGGUUUCCGGGGCAACUCAACUCUGAUUUAAGGAAACUUGCUGUGAACCUCAUACCCUUCCCUCGUCUCCACUUCUUCAUGGUGGGGUUUGCUCCGCUUACCUCUCGUGGGUCACAGCAGUACAGAGCCCUCACAGUCCCUGAGCUAACUCAACAAAUGUGGGAUUCCAAGAACAUGAUGUGCGCAGCGGACCCGCGUCACGGGCGUUAUCUCACCGCCUCUGCCAUGUUCCGUGGAAAGAUGAGCACCAAGGAAGUGGAUGAGCAGAUGCUCAAUGUGCAGAACAAGAACUCCUCCUACUUUGUUGAGUGGAUCCCCAACAACGUGAAGUCGACUGUCUGCGACAUUCCGCCCACUGGCCUUAAGAUGGCGUCGACAUUCAUCGGCAACUCGACUUCGAUUCAGGAAAUGUUCAGGCGUGUAAGUGAGCAAUUCACUGCCAUGUUCAGGAGGAAGGCUUUCUUGCAUUGGUAUACUGGGGAAGGAAUGGAUGAGAUGGAGUUUACUGAGGCAGAGAGCAACAUGAACGACUUGGUCUCGGAGUACCAGCAGUAUCAGGAUGCGACCGCUGAUGAUGAGGAGUACGAGGAAGAGGAGGGUGAUUACCAGGAGGAGGAGAUGUAGUGAGGGACAUCCGAUUGGUUGGAGAAGUUGCUAUCAUGUUAUAGCAGCCAUUCUUUCUAACCUCAACUUCCAGUUGCUGGUUUGUAGAAUGUGAAGUUAGUUGAUGAGGGGGGAGAAAACUAAGUACAAUAUUUUAGCUAUUUCUGUAACCUGCAAUUAUGUUAGACAAGAGCCUUGGAAUUCCUAUUAUCUUUUAUAAAUUGAUAUUGCAUUCAGUAAGACUAAA